AACCGUGUCUAGUUUAUUUGUCUCUGCUCAAGUAGAUAUUUGAAAGAUUACGGUUUGUCUCUGAUUGCAAUUUGCAAAAAUAAUGUUAUUGGUGACUUCUGAGAAAUCAUAACGAUUAUAAAACUAUCUAAGUAUAUCAACUAGUCAUUUAAAAGUAACCUUUUUAUCCCUAAUUUAAAAUACAUAACGAUAUGGAGUCUAAAGAAUCGGCUUCGUCCAGUGAGCGAGUAAUUAGUUUUACAGAUAGUCCUGAUGUUGUAUUCGGCCACAAACGCUGCAAUACUAGUGACGUCAAGUGGGUGGCCAUCAAAGAAUUAUAUGAAAAGAUACAGAGACCCCAUUACUAUGAUAUUGGGGGCACAUAUAAUGAUGAAAGCCCCGAUUACUGGUUCACUUGCAAAACUGAGCAAGUGUUGGAUAUUUAUCUUCUCCACUUAUUUGUUUACAAAUAUGGUGAAGGUGCUUAUAAUGUGGCCGUUAGUGUUGGAAAUUAUUUGAAGACUGACAAAAAGAACAAUACCAUACAUUUGCCUCGCUUACUCAAGGAGUAUGAUUUUAAUAACACUAGAAGCCUGUUGGAUCUUUACAAAGAUGAGGAUGAACAUAAUAUUAAUAGGUUUGAAUAUAUCACUACAUACAAAUUUACAGAUCUUGAUAUUGAAUUUAUGAAAGAUAAGAUUUUCCUCAUAGCUGUAUCUUUUGGGCCUCACAAGGCAGUGGAUUUAGAUAUAGUUAAUGAAAUUAAAUUAAGUCACGACUAUGGCGAAUUAUUCAAAGAUCCCGUCGGGUCCGACUUCACGAUCGAAUCUAGUGAUGGUGAGAAAUUUGAAGUGCACAAAAUCAUAUUGUCCGCGCACAGCACAGUGUUCAAAGCUAUGUUUAAAGAAGAAACCGCAGAGAGUCAGAACAGCUAUGUCAAACUAGUUGAUGUGAAGGGAGAAGAUCUCAAAUACAUGUUGGAAUACAUCUAUACAGGGACUAUAAAGGAUUUAGACAAUGUUGAUUUUGCGAAUGUGCUUAUUUUGGCGGACAUGUAUAAUUUAAAAGGUUUAUUCACAUUGUCCCAGAUAGCUCUAGAAAAGCAAUUAACACCAUCAAAUGUGAUGUACACAUUGAUAAUAGCAGAUAUGUAUGAUGCAGAAUAUUUAAAAAAUUCAACAAUGAAAUAUCUCAAGAAGAAUGCUAGUACAUUAGAUAAAAAUGCUUUUAGUGAAAUUAAUAAUGUUACUCUGAUGAGAGAACUGUUCAACUAUAUUACCUCGCCUUAAUCGUAUCGCAUCAAAUGUGCCUUCUAUGAGGUUGAAUUUGUGUCAUCCAAAGUAUUAAUUUUGUCUUUAUAGCCAAGUUGUGGCGCAGAUAGUUGUUGUAUGGUAUUAACAGGA